CAGCAGAGAUACUUAGUCUCAGCUACAGUCACUACCUGGGAUACAGACCAUCCAUAUACACCAUGCCUUCCAUCGGCCUGCUCUCUGCAAAACAGCCUUCAGACAUGAGCAACCACACAAGUGACACAGAAGACUCAGACUACGGAUCAGCCAGCAGCCAGGUCCUCCCAGACAUCACCUUCACUCCGAGCCACCUGCACUUCCUCAAUCAGCAGCUCAGCAAGCUCUCCGCCCAGGAAAUCCUCAAAUGGGCCAUCACCACCCUCCCUGGGCUUUGGCAGACCACAGCCAUGGGAUUGACGGGCAUGGUCUCCCUUGAUAUCAUCUCAAAAAUGUCCCCUGAUGGCAGUCACCAGGUGCCGCUCAUGUUCAUCGAUACCCUGUACCACUUCCAGGAAACACUGGACCUCGCGGAACGUAUCCGGCAAAAGUACAGCGGCGCGCAGUUUGCCGUGUACACACCCAGAGAUGCAUCUACAGCCGCAGAAUUUGAAGCAGUCCAUGGGCCAAAGCUGUGGGAAACAAAUGAGAAGCUGUAUGAUUACCUCGUUAAAGUUGAACCUGCGAGACGCGCAUACCAGGAGCUUGGCGUCAAGGCUGUCUUGACUGGUCGUAGGCGGUCACAGGGUGGUGCUCGGAAUACCACACCCAUCAUUGAGGUGGAUGAGACGGGCUUGAUUAAAGUGAAUCCCCUUGCGAAUUGGUCGUUUGGCGAUGUGCAAGCCUACAUCAAGCAGCACAGUGUCCCUUACAAUGUCUUGCUUGACCGCGGAUACCGGUCAGUGGGCGACUGGCACUCCACCGUCCCUGUAGCGGAAGGUGAAGAUGAGCGUGCAGGUCGUUGGAAGGGUCGUGAAAAGACGGAAUGUGGAUUGCAUGAAAACUCCAAAUUCUUUCAACACUUGGCAAAGAUGCAAAAGGCAAAAGAGGCGAAAGCCAAGCUUGCGGGGGUCAUUGCGCCGGCCAUCCAGGCGGUAUAAUGUGCUUCAUGUCUUGUCUUGUUUUCUUGCACUUCUUUUCCAGCAUCUUAGCCUUGUCUAUACAGCGUAGCACCUAGCGUAUUUACCUAGACGUCAAACAAUCUCUUGGACUAUUCCUGAAGCAGUGCUGCAGUAUGUAGAAGAAGACGUGGAGUGACUGGAGUCCUUGUC